AUGGCCUUCUUCUUACUACUGCUUAUGUCAAGUGUGAGCACGGAAGAAGUAGGCACACCAGCCAGUCUCCUCGGCCCCAGGAACUUCAAUCACCAUGCUUAUGAAGCUGGUAGCCUGCAGGGAUUGAAGUCUGCUGAACCAACGAAACAGGGACCAAUACUCUUCCCAAAUGACGGCCCUCCUCCGCCCCGACCACCACUGAUCGUAACAUCACGGCCUCUCAUCGAGUCACUGGCCAGAAGUGAACUGAACAACUCCAUAGCUGAACAGAGCCAGGUUCAAGGUGUAUACAAGCCAGUGUACUUAGCAAGAGAGAAGAAUUACAAAGCUUACAAUUUCCCUAUACCGACUAUAGUGCCUGCUACAUACGAUGACGGUGCUAUAACAUAUGAUGUUUUGAAGAAAAUCGACGAAUAUGGUGUUAGAAAUUAUGAUGAUUAUGAGGGUCAAACCGUGCUACCACCAAUCUAUAGAGUUUUAUCCGAUCAUGCGCAGCAAAAAGCGCUGAAUGUACAACGAAAAUCUAAAUUAAAGUUACUUAAUCGUUAUGAUCACCAGGUCAAAAAGCUGGACUAUUCACUCAAAAAUCAAGGAAACGACAAUGAUUAUAAUGACAACUCCGAUCCGGGAAAAAACUACGCUUUUUCCUAUACGGUGAAAGAUCAUAAAACUGGUGAUGACUUCUCACACUCUCAACAUAGCAGUGGUUCCGCCACUAGUGGGGAGUAUAGGGUUCGACUCCCGGAUGGUAGAAUGCAGAUAGUUUCGUAUACAGCCGAUGAAAAUGGCUAUAAAGCCGAUGUGAGAUACGACGAUGAAGAUAAAACAAUUGGCAAUGGUAUUGAUAAUCAUUAUAAUGAUAAACAUGAUUACAACAAUAAGCACGGCCUCGACUACAAUGAGAAAUACAACCGUAAUUAUAAUUAUGACAAUAAAUAUAAUAAUAAUGAUUAUAAUAAUAAAAAUAAUCAUAAUGAUAAGUACAGUCAUAGUUAUAACUAUAAAAAUAAUGAUAAUUAUAAGUAUAGUGAUAAUUUUAUUAACGAUAAUCGUAAGAAUUAUAAUAAUGACAAUUAUAAAGUUGACAAUGAUGAAAAAUAUAAAACACCAACCAACGAUUAUUACAAUGAAUAUUCAGACGCAUCGAAAGAAUAUUACAAUAAUGACUUUUCAACAGAAUACGAAAGUAAAAACUACGAUUAUGAACCACAUAAAAGUAAAUACGAUGCUUUUCAUAAUGUUAAAACAUCUGAUAUGAAACCUAUCAUAGUUCCAGAUUAUAAAAAAUAUGUACCAACAACAGUCAGGCCCAGUUUUGAUGAGUUGAAAGGAUUAUUUUUGGAUAAAAAUAUUUAUAGUACUGUACAGCCAACUGCAGAUUAUAAUUAUGAAAAUAAAGUGCCUUUUGAAAUUAAAGUACCGUCAACAACACCUGAUCCGUAUGACACAACAACAGAACAUGUAGUUAUAAUAGGAACAACAAAACCAACACUUUAUACUGACAUUAGGAAUAGUGUACCAGUAACUAUAACGCCUCUACCAAUAUUUUCUACAGCUAGCAAUUUCCUAUCUUCAACACCAAAAAGUUAUUUAGCAUCUACAUUAUCGCAUUUGAGAGAUAAAAUUACGUCUAUUACACAAAAGCCUAUUUUAUCUGAUAGUUUUAUUAGUAGGAUAAAUAAAUAUUUGAGUUUUAAUUAA